GGUAUGAGUUAAGAGCACGUUCAGAAAUGUCUUUCCAACUUGCUCUGACCUCAUUCACGGCCUGAUUCGUUACCUUGGAAGCUGAAGGUCGCACAAAACACAAGGGAGGAUUGCGCGUGUGAACGUGUCGCCCGCCGCGCGUGGACUCCCCCCAUCUCACAAACACCUCCUCCGACCUCUCUGGCAUCAAGCAGUCUUUAAACAGUCUGCACUAAGCUUCUUUGCGACAUCAGCCUCUUCACGUGCCUCCAUUUCACUCGUCCUUUCUGCUGCUCGUGCUUUCCUCGGUGCUGGCAAUAUUGUGCUUCAUUUACCAUUCUUGGGAUGUUCUGUCCGAAAUAAAAUAGUAUGUCGGAAGUGAACACCUGCAUGGAAUUUUGAAGUAAAGAUUAUGAAAGACCGUUCCUACCCAGGAAGCUUUGCCGGUCUACCUUCUAGAACUGGAAAAUAUAAACAAGAUGUUUCACUAAUUUCAACUGCUUUCGUUCGCUGACUUACUGAAAGUACGAAACUUUCAAUUCUAGUGCAGUUCCGAGAGUAAUUUUACGCUUGAUAAAAUUCUAAAAUAUUUUGAGAAAAUGUUUUCGUCUAUGGAAACAAAGACGCUCUGUGAUUGUAUUCAAACUUGUUUAUAUAAGGAGGAAGACUAAGAUAGGAGAGAAGGGAGGAAGAUAAUGAGAGUUAAUGACUCUUUGAGCCAUUCUACAUUCUGGAGGUAGUGAUUCCUGGGCAGACAAAAAUAAUUGAUGGCAAUUUAUUUAAUGUCGUUGGACUGUGCCACCAGAAGUUCACCGUCUAAACUGCUCCCCAUUCAAUUUGCAUAAUGAUCACGACUCUGUCAAGAAACAGGACAAGAGGGUGACAAGCCGAGAAUCGGUUAGACUCGUUUACUGACAAUGGAUUUCAAAAUGGAGGACUUCUCCACACAGCUUGCAAGCACCACGGACAGAGUGAUUUUGAACGUGGGAGGGAAAGUGUUUUGUACCUUGGAGAGCUUGAACCGACUACCUGAGACCAAACUUGGAAAACUCUCCAAAAGUGGUGUGUUCAGCAACGCCAGUGAACUGUUCUUCGACAGAAACCCGAAAGUGAUGCAUGGAAUUCUGGACCUCUACCGCACGGGGGAGCUUCACCUGCCCAACAACCUCUGCAGCACGUUAAUACGAAAGGAGCUGGAGUUCUGGGAAGUUCCGGAGGAGCUGAUCUCUGAGUGCUGCUGGAAGACAUACCAGAGUAGCAAGACGUCCAAAUGCAUCAUCGACCACAUCGAUCUCAGCCUCAGCGACCCCUACGGCCUUGCCCACCAGGACGCGCAUCACCUCUUCCCCCUCAGCACGCGCCUGUGGCUGGCACUGGAACACCCCAACCACUCGCUCAAAGCUAAGAUAUGGAACUUCGCCUAUGUGGUCUUCAUGAUGCUGUCGAUCGUCAUCUUUGCCUUGGAGACAGUGGACACGCUCAGAGGACCUGGGAGGACUUGGUCCAACAGCUCCACACUCACCCCCCAAGAGUUGCUGCUCUUCUCGCAGCCGUUGGCUGUCUUGCACUACCUUGACAUCACAUGUAACGUCUUCUUCACGCUGGAGCCCCUCGUCCGGCUGGCCACGUGCCCCAACCGGCGGAUUUUCUUGCUCUCCCCGCUCAACAUCGUGGACCUGUUCCUCAUCAUCACCAUGUGGGUGGGGCUGGCGCUGGAAGAUUUCAUCGUUCCCGGCAUAAGUGAGGCCAACCAGGGUCACGUGUAUCUGAUCCUGACCAUGCGUGCAGUGCUGGCACUGCGGGUCUUGCGCGUGCUGCACCUAACCAAGCGCUUCGACUCCAUGAAGGUCAUGGUCCUGUCCAUGAAGGCCAGCGGACAGGAGCUGGGGCUGCUGAUGGCCGUGCUCUUCAUGGCUGUCCUCAUCUACGGGAACUUUGCCUACCUGGCCGAGUUCAUCGCUGGAACCCACAUGUUCCAGAAUGUUCCCAUGGCCGUUUGGUGGGCCAUCAUCACCAUGACGACAGUGGGUUACGGCGACUACUACCCGACCUCCGUGGUGGGCUACUUCAUCGGGUCGGCCUGCGCUCUGACCGGCCUCCUUAUACUGGCCAUGCCCAUCGCCAUCAUCGCCACCAACUUCUCCACGUACUACGAGAACCUGGCCUCCUGCAACCAGCGGCGCGCUCGCAAGGCGUUCAUCCGUGACGUCCUCGGCAGGGUGGGGCACUUGCUCAAGCCAGUGGAGGCCGCCCAAACCCUGGUCAGCCACUGCAAGGACUUCACUUGCUGUGUGGCUGCUGCCCCGCCCACGCCUGACGUGGACCUCAUCUGCCCCACCUGCGGUCCCCUGGAAGCACCUGCGCCUGCUUCUUCGAGAACCGGCGUCACGAAAACAUGCUAGAGACAGUAAGGGAAAAAACCGACGAGGGCUUCAACUCGGAAUCGAACUGUCAAACUGCAGGAACGACCCUCCAGAUCAGCACCGUCAGCAACGGUGUCGUCCCUCGUCUGGAGUACACAGACUCGUCAAAACAAAACACUUCUCUCUGAGGACAGAACUGCUCAAGUGUUCAUCAUAAACCUUCGCCAAGCAGCGAAAUGAACUAGACAGUGAUUGUCUCCCCCUCCACCUAAUGAUGAGGGUUAUAUUACUUCCCUUCGAUGAAAUCAUUUUUCCCAUGUAGAUUAAAGGCUAAAUAUGUUGCAUUGUUACUCGAUAUUUUUAUGUGACAAAUUUGAGAUCAGUACAAGAUGCUGUUUCACAAAGCAUGAGGGAUUCAUCCCCUUCUAAGUUAUCAAAGGAAACCCUUAAAAUGGAUCUCUGAAUUAAAACAAAAUAAUGUUUUUGGAAAGGUGGCAGAGGAAAUGGAAAGGUUUGAAAAAAACUUGUUGAUACCACAUUCCCCAACUUUGCGUCAGUUGCAUUCACUCCUUCCGUUUUAAAAACAUGCAUGCACAUAAAUAUAUACGCAUACAUCUACAACCACACAUACAUAUUGACCAGUAGUAACUGACCAGCGGCUAUGUUGGUUCGUUAUUACUGGUCGUCGUUGUGGUGGCGAGGUAACAGUUGGACAACCGCAGCAUCUGACAUCUCUGUCUCAAGUGGUGGUGAGCAGAUCCUGCAUGGAACCACCAGUCCAAUCAUUCACCAACCAGUUCUUCCAGACGACCACUUCAUCCAAUAUACCCUACAGGAUGGUUGAAAACAGCUCCAUUACGAAUCCCAUGAUCAAACGAGAGAGUUUGUACCUAUAGACUGUUACGAGAAGGGCUUCCGGUGUCAGAGGAGAGUGGUGACCAAUACCGAGCGACUGGCUUUACGUUCCCUGCGCCAGAUUUUCGUGCAUUUGCUCUGGGAUGUCUGGAUAUCCUCCUCUCCGAAUCAGCAAGCAGAAUUCAUGUCUCGAAUCUGUACAUCAGGGACUACGAGGCAUUUGUAAAGUCUGUCGUGUAGCAACACUGGUGUUUCUGUUCAAAAUCCUGCUCAGCCUGGUCAUUGCUGCUGUCGCUGUUGCAAUCCUGAUGUGGAUGUCUGCCGUGCAACUGCCAUCUGUGGAAAAGAUGCUUCCAAUUAUUUAAAUUCUUCAAACUCUUGAGCUGUACUUCGCUCAUGUAAGCCUCUGCUUUGUCGUUGCCUUCGAUGUUGACCAUGACUUUAUUCUUGUCAGUGCUGGUCUCCAUUCCAUAUUCAUUGGCACUAUCAGUCUGCUGGUAAACUUGCUCAGUUCGCUGUUGGUGUUUGUCAUCAGAUCUUUGUCGUCUGCAAAGUGUAGGUUGCAUAUGGGCCUCCCACCAAUGAAGGUGUGACUAAUGGUCGUGAAGGGUUUCUUAAGUGUUCUUCAAGAUGAUGUUGAACAGCACAGGACAGGGGGCGCCCUUGAACGAUAUCCACACUGCUGUGAGAAGGACUUGCCUGCCCAGCUUAGUUUGUGAAAGUUUUGAGAUUUUCAGUUAACCUAGUCAAAUACUUUUUUUUGUUGUUUGCUUAAAUCUGUUUUAAGGCAGCUUCGUACCUGUUGUAAAAAUUAUUAAGGAUGGUAUUUUGUGGCUUUGUACAGUUUCAUAUGUGAAAUAAAUAACCUUGUACUUCCAAAGAGUUCGAUGCAGGUUCAUCGUAACUAUGUCGCUUAACUUUGUGAAAAAAUACUGCAUCGGCUGUAAAAAUAUUGUUUUGAAAAUUAUUUCUAAUUUCUCUGUGUGUAUGGGUACGUGCGUGCGCGUCCCCAAAACGACCACACACACACACAAAAACCACUUUGUUGAUUAUUAUUAAUUAUUCAUGUAAAUUAUUACUUGUUAUUCUGUAUUUGUCAUUCUAAAUUGUCUUCAAACGCUUUUUAUAUGAGUUAUGGUUUAAUCUUCGUGUUAACGCGUUUCGGUUAUUUUUUUUUUUUAGUUUGUUGUUGUUAUUACGAACUCGGUGGGAAUGUCACAUAAUCUUCAUCGACUGCUGAUUAUACACUUCAUAUUUGUAGCAGUUGUGAAAAUAAAACUUG